AUGAAUAUAGAUAAUACCACGGACUUGGCUGCUGCUGCUGCCGCUACCGCUGCUGCCACAGAAGCGGAACAAUUAAGACUGUCUAAGACGCCAGUCAAAAGACUCAGGAAGUUGCCACCCGAGAAGAGACAGAAAGUUUCGUCAGCUUGUGACUCGUGUAAGAAAAGAAAGUACAAGUGUUCCGGAUUAACACCAUGUGAUCUAUGUUUGAAGAAGGGCUACAAGUGUACUUUUACAAUAAUCGAUAAGAGAUCGUUGAAAAGUGAACGAAUGUCCAAGUUGAAGGAGGAAAAAGUGAGGCAGCUACAACUUGAUAGAGGUUAUGCAACAAAUGAAGCACAGCUUGAUAGGACUCGGGCACCAAAUGAAGCACAGCUUGAUAGGACUCGGGCACCGAAUGAAGCACAGCUUGAUAGGACUCGGGCACCAAAUGAAGCACAGCUCGGUAUAAGUCGGGCACCAAAUGAAGCACAGCUCGAUAGGACUCGGGCACCAAAUGAAGCACAUAUCCCCAGUUCUGAGCAACCACGGAGUCUAGAUCAAUCACAGAGUUUAAAGUCUGGUUACAACAACUCCACGCAAGAUCUAUAUCCAAAGCAGCAAAUUACGCCUCCUGACGGAUGCUAUUACUAUCCCCCGAAACAACACCCGCUGCAACUGCAACUAAUGCAACACCAACAGCAACUGCUGCAAUUUGCGAUUCCUCACACAGAAAGUCUAUAUCACCACCUAACCCUGCCGGUGCUGCUGCUGCUGCUGCUGCUGCAACCCAGAAGCAGGUUUCCACUGCAUUGUAACUUAUUCCCACUUAAUAACCCAGCUCCAGCUUCUGCUCCAAUUCCGGCUCCAAUUCCGGCUCCAACACACACUACGCACUCAUCGCUACUACCGCAACAUUAUACCCAACCUCCGUCUUUAGAUUUAAAACCAAACUACCAGCAACAAAAUCCAAGCUUUAGUCUACCGCCAAUUGAUCAACAGCAACAACAACAACAGCAGCAACACCAACAACAACACCAACAACAACACCAACAACAACAACAACACCAACAACAACAACAACACCAACAACAACAACAACACCAACAACAACAACAACACCAACAACAGCAGCAACAACAACAACCACUGCUAGUGCCACCGCUAGCACCACCACCACCUGCUGCACUUCCACAGCCACCUUCUCUUCCUUCUGCUUUGUUGCUGUCAAACAACAAUUGUAUACCUACCCCAGAAAAUACUCCCAAUACUGCUGGUGAAAGUCUAAGUAAUCGCUACAUUCCGAAGUCAUUACAGCCAUUGUUAUCGUUCCCGCUAAACAAUGUAAAGACAAAGAAUGAGGUAGAUGCAAAGGAUGGGGAUGAAGUGGAUAUCGAGGAUCCAGACAAAACCGAGAAAAAAGAUGGAGUUUCAAACCAAGCAGGUAAGAGUUGUAUUUUGUUAAAUGAUAAAUCUGGUACAUUCCGUUAUAUGGGUGAGACAAGUCCCUUUUCAGUGUUGUAUGAAACGAGAAACAUCUUUUAUCAAUAUGUUGGGCAGUGUAGAUUGACUGAGAAUUUAAAAGGAUGUCCCGUUAUUGAUAAACCGUUGAAAGUUAGCCAGAAAAUUACUGUUGAGUUACCAACAGUUGCUGAUUGUAAUAUUUACAUUGAACAGUUUAAAAAGAACAUUAAUGAAAUUUUUUUUAUAUAUGACAUGGAUAAUUUUAACGAGGAGAUUGUUAAACCAGCAUACGAAAACUUCAAUGCCGAAGACAAUCAACACAAGGUUGUUCAACUAUACUUUGUGCUAGCAAUUGGUGCAACAUACUUUGAAUUUGCGAAUAAAACCCCCGAGGCUGAACUAGGAGCCAAAUUUUUUGAUACCGGUAGAUUUCUUUUACAGCUGCUUGUUGAGGAUAGCGCGUUAUGGUGUGUUGUUACUCAUUAUUUACAAUUUCAUUAUUAUCAAGCGAUUUUGAAAAAAUCAACAGCAUGGAUCCAUUUGAACCAAGCAAUAAAAUAUGCGCAAUCUUUGGGCUUGCAUCGGAAUUUCAUAAAUGAGCAAUUUUCAAACUCUUCUUAUGAAUGUGAAUAUCCCAAAAGAUUAUUUAGAUCACUUUAUUGUUCAGAUAGGAUAUCCUCGGUAUUUAUUGGAAGGCCAUUGGCUAUAAAUGAUUACGACUGGGAUGACCCCACCAGAUUUAUUCCAUCCAAUACUCUUGUGUCGAAUCUAAAUUUCAACGCCAAAUGUCAGAUUGAGCUUGCAAAGAUAACUACAUUGAUAGGUAAAAUUGUGGCAAAUUUUUACCAAGAUCGAAUAAUUGAUAUAAACAGGACUAAAAACCUUGCAGUGCAGUUGAAAAUUUGGCUGAAGGAUCUUGAUCCUCUACUCAGUCUUGACAAUAUUCUUAAACCAGCAGAAAUUCCCAGAAACGAAAAUUUUGGAAAUACUCAUAUGAUCUUGACUAUGCAUUUGCUUCAGCUAUAUGCGAUUAUGCUAUUAUGCCGCCCGUUUUUCAUGUUUGAUGCUAUAAGUAAUAUUAAGGCGGAGAUGCAGAAUCUGACAUUAAAGGAUAAAGAAUCACUGAAGCAAUUUUGCCAAGCAGCAACAAAAGCAUCUAUUCUCGCAAUAAAACUAAUGAAUCAUUAUAUUAACACUACAUUCAAGAAAGUGAAGCGAAUGGAAUGUUAUAUAAUCAUCACGUGUUGUUUCUAUUGUAUCAUAACUCUAGGAAUAUCAAUACUCAAUGGAGGAUUUGAAGAAGAAGGCUAUUCUGAACAGGAGCUCACUAAUUUGCUUAAAAGUACUGUUUAUAUCCUUCUUCACUAUUCAACAUGUAACAAAGGUGCAGAGCGAUAUGUUGAAAUAGGAGUUGAUUUAAUAGAUGCGAUAGUUAGUCGUUCUCAAAAAAGUAAAGAAUCAAUGAAGAUAGCUGAUGACAAAACCAAAUACGAAUUAGAUGAUGAUGGUUUAAAUUGUUUUAAUUUCGGUGAGGACCCAAAUAAUGGAGAUUUACAGAGUUUGAUUGAUUUCCAGCAAUUGUUUGUUUCGCAUGAAACGGCAAAUGUCUUGAGCAAUGCGGGACAUAAUAGUGUUAUGCCUUUUGAUUAUGGAAACUACGAUUUAUUUUUUGGCGAUAAAUAUUGA